AUGGGUCUUGAAGAUAUUGGAGACUUUGAUUUUGCAAAUAUUGCACAAGUGAAGAAUGUAGAAAGUAAAGUUGAUGCUGUUGCAGUUGAAAGCAAAAGAGUGGCUGAUCGUGAAAAGAUUCUUGAAAUGCGUGUAAAGAAGUUAGAAUCUGAAAACAAGUCUUUAUUGAAGAAGAUAGAUACAGAUCAGUUUGAAAUUGAUGUCUUGAAGGUGAGAGUGGCAGAGUUAGAGGAAGAAAAGACUCGCCGAGAUGAACAGAACAAGUACUUUGAACUGAAGAACAAAGAACUUGAAGCUGCAAAGGCGUUGAAAGGGCAUGAAUUUUAUAUGAUGAACAAAGUGAUAGAGAGUGUGCUCGGAAAGUCGAUAGAGAAAAGAUUUGAGGAAAUUCAAGUUGAAGAGGUCAGGGCUAAACGCCAAGCUGAAAUUGAAGCUCAAAUGAGAGACAAAGGCAAGAGUGCUGCAGGCAGUAUUGCAGUAGCUGAAAGAUCAAUUGUUCCAUCACUAGUUGUUGAAAAUCCUGUUCUUAUAUCUUCUGUGUCAGCAAUCUUUGAAGAAAAUGUAUCACUUGAAGAUAUUGCUGUUGAUGAUGAGGAAGAUGAUAGCGAAGAGGAUGACAAUGAAGAGGGUGAUGACGGAGAGGAUGAUGAUGAGGAAAAAGUGUUUUAUGCGAGUAGUCAUGGUUCUGAUGAUAACAAUGAUGACAAUGAUAAUCAGGAGUUGAUUCUUCGAAUAGAGCCUCAUGUUGAAGAAGGUGAGAUCCGGUAUACCUACACAUUGGAUGAAGUCCUGAAGAUGUUCAAUGUGAAUGAAGAUGAAUUUAAGUUUGAUUUCAAAGAAGAACUGAAUGCGUUCGAUAUCAACCAUCAACCAGAGUAUGAGUACAAAUAUGUUGAAGAUGCAGAUGUGUAUGACAGGGUUGAGGUUGAAGACUGUUCUGAUGAAGAGGAUGUUUCAGAAGAUACUUCUGAACUUCCAACACUGAUGGACUGGGGUUUUCUACCUCACGUUAAUGCAUAUGCAAUUAGAAGAGAGUGUGGCGUGCAGUAUUUCGAACGUUUAUAUGAUAUUAUGUCUCUGCCAUGGUGGGAUGUAGAGGAGUUAUCGAAGGUGAGAACCUUAGGGUAUCCAGUGAGGAAAAAUGAUGCUGCCAUGUGGGGCUUGAUAAAGUUUGAAGCUUUGAAAAACUUUAAACACUGGAAGCCGCAUUACCCAAAGAAGGUGCGAAGAGUGAAUCCUGAAUCUGGUAAUGUAGAGAUUAUCCUGAACAUGAAAAAGCCGAAAGCGAUGAAAAACAUACCAGUGCCAUAG